AGUGCUAUCAAGUGCACAAUAUAUUUUCUUUUAUAAUUGAGUUUUAGGUAUGAGCACUGCAGAGAGAGAGUGAAAGAUCCAAAUUAGCAGAGCUUGCUUCAACAGGCAUAAUCUCUAGCUGACACUACUGUCCCUUGGAGUUUAGAAUACAAGAAUUCUUUUCAAGAUAAAAAUUUGCAGGAAAACAUGGCCAUGCCUAACGGUGUAAUUGAUACUUCACAAGAAAAAGAACUUCAAUGUGAGGAGAUUAUCAUUGACAUCACAGUCCAGGUCCUCCAGGAGCCUAUGUGGGGCUCCGAGUGUUGCAUCUACAAGGUCCCCAAAAGACUUCGCAAGGUAAAGGAAGAAGCCUACACUCCAAAGCUAGUUUCAAUAGGCCCUGUUCAUUGCAACAACGAUGAACUGAAGGACAUGAAGAUCAUGGAAACUCUGAAAAAUAGAUAUUUCAAGAAAUUCUUUUCUCGAACUAAGAAAAUCCAAGAAGAUUUUGAAAAGAUCGUUGAAGGAAACAAAGAUAAGAUCCGCCAUUGUUAUGCUGAAGAGAUCCCUCUACCUGAAGGGAAAAAUUUUGUGGAUAUGAUUCUCCUGGAUUCUAUCUUUAUCAUUGAGCUUUUCUUGAGGAGUGAAGCUAAGGAAGAAGAAAAUGAUUAUAUACUAAGUAAACCAUGGCUAAAGGAUGGUGUAAGGCAAGACUUGAUAUUACUCGAGAAUCAGGUUCCAUUUUUUAUACUUAAUGAGUUAUAUCAAGAUUUUGUAACGUCUACAGGCUAUCAAGCUUCUUUUCUUACGCUUGCUUGUAAGUACUUUUUUAACAGCGAGGAGAAAAUAUGCGAUGAGAAGGAAGUAAAACAUUUCACUGAUUUGCAGAGAUAUUUCUUCCAUCCACCUGACCAGAAGCUUGGAGAUCCUAUUGAACAUCGACAUAGUGCAACAAAACUGGAGAUGGCGGGAUUGAUAUUCCAAACUCAAAAAGAAGAGAGAAGCUUGCUUAACGUACAAAUCCAAAAAGGAAAUAGCUUUUCGGAAAUAUUUCCAUGCUUCAAUUGCUCAUGGCUCAUGCAUUGCUUACCUUGCUUGAAAAAGAUUUCAAUCUUGGAGCGUAUGCAAACUCGGUUGGUAGUCCCACACUUUGUGGUAGAUAACAAAACCGAAGACCUUUUUCGAAAUCUCAUGGCCCUCGAGCAAUGUCAUUAUCCAAAUGAAGCCUACAUAUGCAAUUAUGUCUUGCUAUUGGAUUUUCUUAUCAACAAUAAAGACGACGUAGAGUUGCUUGUUGAGGAAGGGAUUAUUGUUAACUCUCUAGGCAGCAAUAAAGCAGUUGCCGACAUGGUUAACAAACUUGGCCAUGAAAUUGUGGAAAAAAGUUCCUAUUACCAUGAGGUUGCUGAAGAUCUUAAUAAGUACUACCGCAAUUGGUGGAAUCAAAAUAUGGCAUCCUUGAAAACAGUAUAUUUUAGGGAUAUUUGGAGAGGAACUGCAACUGUUGUUGGCAUUAUAGUUCUUGUGGUAACUGUCAUGAAUUUCCUUAGGCCUUUUGUGUUCAGGCAUAUUUAAGUUUUGUGUCUGAAAUAUUAUCAUAUUAGUUGGAAGUUUGGUAAUGCAAGUGUUGAUUUUGAAAUUGUCAA